UUCUCUUCUGCCUUUACGGAUUCCCAAUAUCCUUUACAUGUGCUCUCUUUAAAUAGUACCUAUUUAUUUGUUAAAGAAAUAUUGUAUAGCUUUUUUCGUCUUGUUGCCCAUAAACCUGUUCCUGAGUUUGAAAAGAUUCAUAUGAAAAGCACUUUAUUCGUCAAAAAUUACUUAAACAGUUAAUUGAAUAAUAAGUUGAUCGCCACUUUGCGGAAGUUUUUAGCAGCAAUGACAACUUCAGCAUUAUUAACAAUUUCGAACAAUUGCAGAAUUGUGCAAAUAAUUAUUAGACAUUAUAAUGAGUCAUACUAAAUUUGGAAUACAUGAAUUUUAUGAAUAUUCUAAUAAUGAUAAUUAAAUUAAAUUGAUUAACGAAUAGCAAAUGCCAGAGAGAGCUAAAUUGAAAACCUGUAUUUUUAGUGGGCCCGUCGCUCUCAGAAAUGUUGACAACCAUACUUGAAAUAUUUCAUUAACCGAAAAAAUCCCCUGUGAACUCAAAUGUCUAUGGAUCGGCGCAAAGGGAAGUCCGAGCCGCGAUUUGCCCGUGGCCAACCAGUUUUGAGUAUCAAUAAGCCAAACAAAAAUCAGAUAAAUACACAUAGCCAGCAGCCAAAAGUCAAACAGUUGAUUUUAGCGUUUCAGCCAACUAAGAUUGCCAGCAGGGGAAAUAAAAACACAAAAUUCAACAUGAAAUUGCUGAUAAUUGUGUGUGUGGCGUUUUUCGCCUUGGCCUCGGCUCAGUUCGGCCCGUUUGGAGAAUUGAUUCGUGAUUUUGAACAAUUUGGACAGGGUCAGCAGCAGCAACAGCAACAAAGCGGCGGUGGGCAGCAGCAGCAGCAGCAGGAGGAGGGUGUUAUCUUUAGAGGUCCUCUCGGCGGCGGCGUCGAAUUUUUCCAGGAGCAACAGCAACAGCAGCAGGGCGGCAGGGGCGGUCAGCAGCAACAACAGCAGCAGGAAAAUCUAUUCAAUUUCUUUGGCUAAGCCUUCUUCAAUUAACCAACCUAGUGCCAGUCGCCCACCUCUACAAAUCGAAAGAAAGCCAUUAAGCAAAGCCAUGAUCCAAAAGAUACACAUUAGAAAAGAAUACAUUAAAACAAAACAACCAAAUAAUAAUAUAAAAAUAAAUAUUUUCUUUUAAGAGAGAUCAAAUAUUUUA